GAUUAGGUGUCAAUCAUUCCAUUUUAUGUCAUCCGGUUAAAUUCCUUGAAUUUUCAAAUCCACAGAUUUUUUGAAACAUGAAACCCGAAAUUGACGAUAAACUUUCAAAAAAUGAUGCUCCAAGAAUCAAGCCUAAUCCCCAACCCAAAAAAUCGAGUGGUAAGAAACAUCAAAAAUUACAAAAUGGCCUUCAAGUCUCUGAAAAUGAUCUUAAUCACAGCCUUGCUCAACUCAAUAGCAUGCUUCAAAAGCUCUCCACUCAAACUCCUAAACCUAGUAGCGAUAUUGAAACCCAAGAUGUCAGCCCACUCACGCUUCAAAAAUGUGUAGAUCCUUGUUGUCACCAUGAAGCUUCACCGUCGUCUCUCCACAACAAUCCGCAUCUCGCUGACAUUCCGAAAUCUACGCUCGAAAGUGUCAAAAAGAAUUACGCCUUUUGGGCCACCCAACCUGUGCCUAAAUUUACCGCGGAUGACUAUUUUGAUAAUUUAAACGAGCAAAUAAAUGGACCAAUAAUUGUUUACAAAGAUGAUGACCUAGAAGAGGGUGCCGAAAAGAAAGGCUUCGAAAAAGGUGCAAAAAUUCUUAGCUUAUCCGAAUUGAGGGCAAUCCCAUAUCCCCUACCCCCCGGGUUUGAAUGGAAUCGAAUCGACGUUACCAUCGAAGACCAAUUGCGAGAGCUGUACGAAUUGCUAAGCGAAAACUAUGUAGAAGACGAGGAUAACAUGUUUCGCUUUGCUUAUUCACCUGCCUUCUUGAUUUGGGCCCUAAAGCCCCCAGGUUGGAGGCCCGAUUGGCAUUUGGGAAUACGCACCACAUCAUCUGGUAAACUAGUGGGCUUCAUUUCAGCAGUACCAGCCCGACUCUCCGUCCAGGCACGGGAGAUCGAUUGCGUCGAGAUCAAUUUUCUAUGCGUUCACAAGCGUUUGAGGUCAAAGCGUGUUGCUCCGGUCUUGAUAAGCGAGAUAACACGACGCGUCAAUGCUUGUGGCAUUUGGUACGCCGUCUACACAGCUGGGGUAGUAUUACCACGUCCUUGUGGUGUGGCCCGGUAUUGGCAUCGGUCCAUAGACCCAGUCAAACUAGUUGAGGUCCGCUUCUCCCACCUGACUCGAAACAUGACUCUGGCUCGGGCCCGAAAGCUUUAUAAACUGCCUCGCGCUACUACAAAUACUCCGGGCUUGAGGCAAAUGUGCGAGACAGACGUAACGGCUUCGGCUAAACUUCUAAAUGAGUACUUGGCAAGCAAAUUCAGUAUAUACCCGAUAUUUACCGAGGAUGAGUUCCGACACUGGUUUUUACCCCGGCCCGGCGUAGUCGAAACUUAUAUCGUUGAUAAGAGUCGAGUUGUUGGCAAUGUAGAAAUUACAGACAUGUUCAGUUUUUAUUCCUUGCCUUCCACGAUAGUCAACCAUCCCGUCCACAAGACCCUUAAUGCUGCUUACUCCUUUUAUAACGUGAGCACUCAAACCCCCUUGGUCAAGUUGAUGGAGGAGGCUUUAAUCGUGGCUAAAAGCCAGAGCUACGACGUUUUCAAUGCUUUAGACCUCAUGGAGAACAAGCAAUUCUUGGAGCCCCUCAAGUUUGGCAUAGGAGAUGGUCACUUGCAAUACUACCUAUUCAAUUGGCGAUGUCGUUUCAUGAAACCGGAAGAGAUAGGAUUAGUCCUGCAAUAAAUAAAAAAACACAUAAAAACUGUAUUAUAUUUAUAAAAUCGCAAAUUUGCUUAAUGCCCUCGUGAAACUGUGAUAUUUAUUUCCAGUAAUGAUUGCUAUCUAACGAAUCGCCGAUGAUGUUUUGUAAUAGAAAUCACCUUAAAUACAAUAUAAUAUACGCUCUUCUUUUUAAAUAUAAAAUAGUAUU